AUCCCGCCCUCAACGCGUCUCCGCAGAGCGAUUCUCCUCAACGACGUGCUCCUCGUGCACCGCAUCCUCAAGAACCACCCUCUCCUCCUCCACAACACCGACUAUACCGACAAAUCCAACACUUCGCUUCACCUGGCCGCCGAAGCUGGUUUUACCGAAAUCGUCCAUUUGCUCCUCACGCUUGGCCAUGACGCUACCGAAGUCUCGCGAACCACAGAGCACAACACCCCGCUCAUGCUGGCUGCUAAACACGGACGCGUCGACACUGGAGUCUUGCUCAUCACACAGUGUAAAACACCCUCUGUCCAUUUGAGAAAUGCCGCUGGCCUCGACGCCCUCGCUUUGGCUGCCACGUGUCCCAACAGUGUUGCACUAAUUCCAGUCCUACUGAAUCACGGAGCAAGAGUGGAUGGGGUGGAUUUAGAUGGCAACACGGCUUUGCACCAUGCUUCUGCGAGUGGAAGUUUGAAAGCCUCGAGAAUCCUACUGGGAGCUGGAGCAAAUCCACAAGCUAUGAAUUAUAGUGAUUGGACUCCGCUGGCGUAUAGUCAGACUGUGGCUGCUGAGGUUUACUUCAAAAACUUGAUUCAGGAGGACUUGGUUCAGAAGAGGAGUGUGCAGACUAGGAUCGUGCCGAGGGGGAGUGAGGACCUAUUGAGGAGAGGUUUGAAGGCUGGCGGUGGUGGUGGGGUGCGAAUUGUCCAGCAGCAGCAGGAAGAGGAGGGAGUGGGGGGUGACGCUGGGGACGAGGGCGAGAACGAGGAAGAUCAGAUGAUCGGAGAUGCGUUGAAGAGGCAUUGGAGUCCUGUUGAUCGGAGGAGACCCGGGACGCCUGGGGGAACAACACCAAGACAUGAAUGGGGGAGUCCGCCGCUGUUGAGUCAUGUCAGGACGAAGAGUGGGGAUGGGAGGACGAGGGCGGAGAGUGGGUGA